UAUUACAUGAAAUAGAAACAUUUAUAAUUAUGUUCAAAUAUUACCUCUAUAAAUAGAUUUGCUUCUUCACUUCACUUCACUCACUCACUCACUCCCUCACAUUUUCCUCCAUGAAGAAGAUUAAAACUCCCUUGCUGUUUCUGCUUCUUAUCACAUUAACUUUAACUCAAUGUUUUGCGAGUGCUGAAGCAGAAUUGAGUGAGGAAAAUGUGUCGCCUGAGACCGUCCAUUUCGAUCUCGGAGGCCUCAGCAGAAACAGUUUCCCAAAGGAUUUCGUGUUCGGAACGGCAGCUUCUGCAUACCAAGUUGAAGGCAUGGCCGAUAAAGACGGCCGGGGACCUAGUAUAUGGGAUCUCUUCAUCAAAGCUCCCCGACGUGAGCCCAAUAAUGCCACUGGAGAGGUGUCUGUGGACCAGUAUCACAAAUACAAGCAAGAUGUUGAUCUUAUGGUGAAACUGAACCUUGAUGCUUACCGGUUUUCAAUCUCAUGGUCAAGAAUAUUCCCAAAUGGAACUGGGAAAGUAAAUUGGAAGGGUGUCGCUUAUUAUAACAGGCUGAUCAACUAUAUGCUUAAAAGAGGCAUUACUCCGUAUCCUAAUCUCAACCAUUAUGAUCUUCCACAAGCACUUCAGGAUAGGUAUAAUGGGUGGCUCGGCCGUGAAGUAGUGAAAGAUUUUGCUGAUUAUGCAGAAUUUUGUUUCAAGACAUUUGGGGAUAGAGUAAAGAAUUGGCAGACGUUUAAUGAACCUCGAGUAAUAGCGGCCCUUGGGUAUGAUACUGGGUUCUUUGCACCUGGAAGAUGCUCGAAUUGCACGGAAGGAGAUUCUACUACUGAACCUUAUAUUGUUGGUCAUAAUCUUAUCUUAUGUCAUGCAGCUGCUGCUCAAAGAUACAGGAAAUAUCAAGAGAAACAAAAGGGAAGGAUUGGCAUUCUUCUGGAUUUCGUUUGGUAUGAACCAUUGACAAGAUCUAAAGCCGACAAUUUUGCGGCUCAAAGGGCGAGAGACUUUCACAUCGGAUGGUUCAUGCAUCCUCUUGUAUAUGGUGAAUAUCCAAAAACGAUGCAAAACAUCGUUGGGAAAAGGCUACCAAAAUUCACAAAAGAAGAGUUUAAGAUGGUAAAGGGAUCCUUUGAUUUCGUGGGCAUAAAUCAGUAUACUGCUUACUAUAUGUAUGAACCACAUCGAAAUAAGACGAAGACCUUGGGCUACCAGCAAGAUUGGGAUGUUGGAUUUGCUUAUUAUCGUCAUGGAGUGCCGAUCGGUCCAAGGGCAGUGUCUGAUUGGCUCUACAUUGUACCAUGGGGUCUGCACAAAGCUAUUAACUAUGUUAAAGAGCGCUAUGGAAAUCCUACCAUGAUUUUGGCUGAGAAUGGAAUGGACGAUCCUGGGAAUUCAACACUUUCUAAGGCUUUGCAUGAUACCACAAGGAUCAACUACUACAAGAGCUAUUUAGCACAAUUGAAGAAAACAAUCGAUGAGGGAGCCAAUGUGAUCGGCUACUUCCAAUGGACAUUGCUCGAUAAUUUUGAAUGGAGACUCGGGUACACAUCUAGGUUUGGCAUUGUCUACGUUGAUUUUAAAACCCUCAAGAGAUACCCGAAGAUGUCGGCCUACUGGUUUCAGCGGCUGCUACACCGAAGCAAGCAUUAAGCAGAAAGAAUUGUUUCUCUCUGCUUUAGCUGAGUAGAUUUAAUAUUUAUAUUAUCAUUCCUUAGGGAAUCAAUAAGCUCUAGUUAAGAAGCCCUGUUUUUUUUCUCUCUAAUUCAGUUUCUUCAGUAUGAAUUGCCUUUUCCUGCUCUCCAUUGGAAAUUUAAAGCUGCCAAAUGUAUCUAGAGAGAAUCUAGUUUGAAAAUCGAAAAGCUUUUCGAAGCGGAUCUAAAGGAAAAGUACGAUGAACAAAAUUUUAUCUUUUCUUACAUAACAAUGAGGGUGCAUUAUCGUUGGUA